GGCAAUCAACCAUCAACGGGUCAGAUAGCCAUGGCGAAGUCCAAAGCUGCCAAGCGCAAGCGCAGCGCGCAAGUUGACCUCCCACAAAAACUUCCAAAGGCCACAUCUACCCUGACGCCGCCUCCUGAUGGCGCAACCCUCGAGCCCAAGAAUCUCAAAACACUCAUCUCAGACGAUGAGCUCGACAUCACCAUUGAGACGCUCACGACUCUCGCACAAUAUCCCAAUUUGACUAAGUCGAAGGCAUGCAAGGAUCUCCGAGGCGCAGUCUAUGAUUUCCGUCAAGCCUGCACUACGGGCGUCAACACUGCUGAGGGCGCUAACCUGACAGCACGAAUAACCGGUGCUCUGGUCGACGAGAAAUACAUCGAUGCCAAGGUCUUGCUUGCCGAGAUGAGAAUCAGGGGCGAACAACCCAAGAUCGGAGCCUUGUGUCGCUGGGUGCGAGAUCUAGACGUUGUCAGCGGCCUCUCGACACAGCCCGGAGCAAGCGACCAUGUCCCUCUUGAUCGCAGCGCAAAGGACAUGCAACUCCUCAGCGUCCUCGAUGCCGUCCUGCGCGUCAGCACCCCGAUCGACACCAACCCAAAUGCAGUCGACUCAACCUCUCCCAUCGCCUUCCAGUCCAUCUGGGAUCUCCGCCCGUCGACCCCACCACUUCCAGUGUACGCUUCCGUCCUUGACAAAUCGAUCCUGGCCGAGGCGCCUCAGUCCUCCUCGGCCCUCCGUAUCAUCGAAACAACCCCCGGCCCACUCCGCAAGCCUCCGAACCACCACCCCGCCAUCCUCUACACCACUACCCCCAACGCCGUCCCGCUAGCUCCCGUCGGCCCCUCCAUAACAUACCACCCACACCCGGCUGUGCCAGGCCUCGGCCUCGCCACGAAUGUCCUCUCCGCUGCCGAGUGCAGGGCAAUCAUCGCAGCUGGUGAAUCCGUGAAUUUCUUACCCGACGCACCCCUCCGUGAAGAUGGCGACAUGAGCAUCCUGGCCCACAACUUCUACUGGGUCGUCGACACCACAUUCCAUGACAUGCUCUGGGCGCGAAUCUCUCCUUACGUACCGCCCUCGAUCAACGGCCGCCUCGCCCGCGGCAUCAAUCGGCGCUUCCGUGUGUAUCGAUACGUCCCCGGCGCCGAGUACCGGUGCCACAUUGACGGAGCCUGGCCGCCGUCCGGCAUCCUCCCCGACGAUACAUAUGUGUACGACUCCUCGCCUGAAGACAAGAAGCAGAGCUCCAUGUACACCUUCUUACUGUACCUGAACGACGAAUUUGAGGGCGGAGAGACGACCUUCUUUCUACCCGCUGCGCGGGAGGGAACUCUUAAUGCGUACCCUGUGCGACCUGUGAUGGGCGCCGUUGCGAUGUUCCCGCAUGGAGAGUCGAACGGGGCAUUGCUGCAUGAAGGGACUGGGGUAAGGAAGGGCGCGAAAUAUAUUGUCAGAAGUGAUAUCGAGUAUGACGUUAAGCCUUACGAAGAGUGAUGAUCACGAUACGAAUUAUGUUGAAUUUAAUUUUUCAACAUCAAAUGGGCGUGUUGGAGUUAUUUAAUGGGUUGUAUUAAAAAGACCAUGAGAUAAAUUGGUUAUAGGGUAUAUUAUAUAUAUAUAUAGCCUGAGAACAGAUAGCAGGUAUUAUAUAUUUUCCUUUGCAUUUUUAACUAUUGUACUAUUCAAGGUGUUACCCUAGGUAAGUAUGGACCCAAAUUGGAUCCUUAUUUUAAUACUAAGCAAGGAAAAACGUGGUCGCCGUUGAUAUACAGUAGUAGAUUGAUGCUUUGACAUGUAUAAGAUUUGGGCUGUUAUCAUGUUCCCCCAUCCGUUGACUACUUUGUCAGAAAGAGUACAUACGGCCAUAGUAUGCGGAGGGGUGGGCUUCCUGUCUGGUCAUGUAUACUCAAACCACCUAUGUGGAGUAACUCUUUAAUGACG